AUGUUUAGCUUAGGAAGAAAAAAAAAAAAAAUGAACACUAAGCCUGAUGUGAUUCAAAAGUGUUUGUGGCCUGCAUGCCUUGUAGGUCUGUUCAUCCCUGGCGCCCUCUCUCUGCACUGUAACUUGCUGCAUCUUCACCUGAGGGAAGUCACCUGGCAAAAUCUGAGACUUCUGAACAGCAUGAGCAAUUCAUUUCCUGUAGAGUGCCUAAGAGAAACCAGAGCUUUUGAGUUGCCCCAAGACAUCCAAUCACACAUCCCACCUGGGAAAAGGUACCUCAAGGAGGCCUUCUAUGAAAUGUCCACACAGGCCUUCAACAUCUUCAGAGAGUCCACCACCAAAUCCACUUGGAAAAAGAAAUACCUGAAACAAAUCCAAAUCAGACUUGAUUGGCAGAUGCACCACUUGGAAAAAUGCUUCGAGGAAGAGGAGAAAGGGAAGGAAGACUCGAAACAGAUGGAAGAGGAUGGGAUGGACUUCUCAGGAGCUAUGGUCUCCCAGGUGAGCAGCCUAGAACUGAGGAGAUAUUUCUAUAGGAUGUACAACUUCCUGAAAGAUAAGAAAUACAGUCACUGUGCCUGGGAGAUCAUCCGAGUGGAACUCAGAAGAUGUUUCUACUACUUCUAUAAAUUAACACUACUACUCAGGAAGAAAUAA